UGUGACUCUUUACCCUACACAACACCGUGACGACCAAAAUCCAGACUAUAUUUCACUCACGUUAUACUGUAGCUACUCCGAAAGACAGAGGUGCUCGGCUGUGGAGUAAAAUAUAAAAUAUCUAAGCACCGAGAGUGUGAAUGCUGCGAACUUCCAGAAAUCGUUUGAAUCGUCUGUUUUUCAGUCUACCGUGUCUUAGUGCCCUCCGCAGACUAAGCAUUUAAAAGCAGCCGAAGAGACGGAGCAGAGCGCGGGGGAGACAGUCGUUCUUGCCCCCCAGGUUUUGAAGAACUUGGUGUUUUUGAAAAGGGACGCCAAUAAUAGCACGCUCCUCUUCUGUCAGCGAAUUCAGCUGAACACUUUCGGGAUUUCGGAAAGGGGACAGUCGUGCUUUCAAAUCCUGCGGUGUAUCGCAAGGAACGUCUUCAUAUACGUUAUCAGCCAGUAAGAACUCCGGACACAUCCGCGCUAAAGAAGACGUGCUUCUGCUUCGCAUUUUAAAAUAAUAAAACUGUCGUUGCGACUGCGAUUCAGUAGUGCUCCCCGGGACAUCUUCUCACUUUUUGAUUCCAAUCAGAGAUUGAAAGAGGGGAGAAGAAACUUCCCCGCUUGAGGGCGAAAUCAGACUUUUCGGGACGGCAAGUUCGAAAGCCUCAGGACCUGGUCUCUUCCUGCAACAUGCAGAAAUGUCAGAAGAGGCAGACGUGGAUGUGAGAGACAGAGACACUGUAAGAGACAGAGAGCAAGAAAGGGCAAGAGACUCCAGUCAGAGAGCCACCAGCAGUCGCAACUCCAUGCAGUUCGGCACCAGACCUGCCAGUGCUGAGCCAGGCUUCAUGGGGACAUGGCAGCAGAAUAGUGACAGCAACCUCCUCUUCAGAAUGUCCCAGCAGGCCAUCCGCUGUACUCUGGUGAACUGCACAUGUGAGUGUUUCCAGCCGGGCAAGAUCAACCUGCGGACAUGUGACCAGUGCAAGCAUGGUUGGGUGGCCCACGCUCUGGACAAGCUGAGCACGCAGCACCUGUACCACCCCACGCAGGUGGAGAUCGUCCAGUCCAACGUGGUGUUCGACAUCAGCAGCCUGAUGCUGUACGGGACUCAGGCCGUGCCGGUGCGGCUCAAGAUCCUGCUGGACCGGCUCUUCAGCGUGCUCAAGCAGGAGGAGGUGCUGCAUAUCCUGCACGGCCUGGGCUGGACGCUCCGCGACUACGUACGAGGAUACAUCCUGCAGGAUGCUGCAGGCAAGGUGCUGGACCGCUGGACCAUCAUGUCCCGGGAAGAGGAGAUUAUUACCCUCCAGCAGUUCCUGCGGUUCGGGGAGACCAAAUCCAUCGUGGAGCUGAUGGCCAUUCAGGAGAAGGAGGGCCAGGCAGUUACAGUGCCCUCUUCCAAGACUGACUCUGACAUCAGGACUUUUAUCGAGAGCAACAACCGCUCACGCAGCCCCAGCCUCCUGACGCACCUGGAGAACAGCAGCCCCUCCAGCAUCCACCACUUCGAGAACAUCCCCAACAGCCUGGCCUUCCUGCUCCCCUUCCAGUACAUCAACCCGGUCUCCGCCCCCAUGCUGGGCCUGCCGCCCAACGGGCUGAUGCUGGAGCAGCCAGGCCUGAGGCUGCGCGAGCCCAGCCUGCCCAACCAGAGUGAGCCGGUGGACAGCAGCGAGUCGGAGGUGUCGCUCUCGCCCUUCCGCAACGGCCAGAGCCCGAGCCGGGGCGCCGGCGGCAGCAUCUCCAACGUCAUCGAGCCCAAGUCGGAGCCGGCCAGCGCCUCGCCCAUCUCCCCGACGCCCUCCUCGCAGUCGGGCCAUCAGCAGACCCCGCAGCACCAGCAGCCCCAGCCCAGCACGCUGAGCGAGCACCACUCCCACCACCUGCUGAAGAGCGAGCAGUCCAAGAGCAUCACCAGCUCGUCCUUCUCGUCCAAGAUGCACCGCAUGCGGAGGAUGGGCGCCACCUCGCGCAAGGGCCGCGUCUGCUGCAACGCCUGCGGCAAGACCUUCUACGACAAGGGCACGCUGAAGAUCCACUACAACGCCGUGCACCUGAAGAUCAAGCACCGCUGCACCAUCGAGGGCUGCAAUAUGGUCUUCAGCUCUUUGCGCAGCCGCAACCGGCACAGCGCCAACCCCAACCCCCGGCUGCACAUGCCCAUGCUGAGGAACAACCGUGACAAGGACCUCAUCCGCUCCAGCUCCGGCUCGGGCACCACGGUCAUCUCCAGCGCCAAGAGCGGCCUGACCCUCACCAGUCCCGGCCGGCCGCCGCUGGGCUUCGCCACCCCGCCCCUGGACCCCAUGCUGCAGUCGUCCCUCCAGAACCCCCUGGUGUUCCCCUCGCUGAAGUCAGUGCAGCCGGUGCAGCCGGUCCCGCCGUUCUACCGCACGCUGCUGUCCCCCGGGGAUAUGGUUAGCCCGCCAGUGUCCCUGCCCACCAGCCCCAUACUGCCCACUGCCACCAACAGCACCCCCCUGAUGGAGCAGCCACAGCAGGUGCCGGCCCCCAGCUCCCACAAUCCCCUUGUGUCGGAAGCGGGUCCGGUGACCCACAGGCUGCCCAACGCCCUGACCCAGGACCCCGUGGCCGACCCCAUGCCCAAGAAGAAGCCCCGGAAGUCCAGCAUGCCGGUGAAGAUCGAGAAGGAGGUCAUCGACGUGGCGGACGGGUACGAUGAGAAGGACGAAGAGGACGAGGAGGGGCGGCCGCUGAACGGGGUGCCGGGCGGCCACCAGCAGCAGUACUCCCACCUCCACAGCAACAGCAACAACAACAACAACAACAACGGCAACACCAGCGGGGGCAGCUGCCACCAGUCCCCUUCCCAGGACGAGAUGAGCCCCGGCCUGGCCCUCAGGAGCAUGCUGAGGCCGGACCAGGAGGAGGGCCGCGGCGGGGGGGCCGGUGGCGAGCUGCGCUGCAUGGACAGCUUCACCUCCGAGGACCAGGACCACGAGAGGGACUUCGAGAACGAGUCCGAGACCUCCGACUCCAAGAUGUGCUGCGGGGACGACAUGAUGGACCACGAGGACCAGCGGCACCUGGGCGGCCUGGACAAGGAGCAGGAGAUGGACGAGGCCCACGCCAGGAAGGAGAUGGAGGAGAAGAACCACUCCCUGCCCUCCCCGCACCAGCCCGUGAUCAAGAUCAAGGAGGAGCUGAGCGACCCCACCUACGACAUGUUCUGCAUGAGUCAGUACGGACUGUACAACGGGGUGGGCGGCAUGGCCGCCGCCGCCGCGGCUGCCAGCAUGGCCGCCCUGCACGAGAGCUUCGUCUCCUCCAUGAGCUACGCCGCCAGCCCGCCCAAGUUCUCCUCGCAGUCCUCGGAGGGCGACCUCUGCUCCAGCCCCGACCCCAAGAUCUGCUACGUCUGCAAGAAGAGCUUCAAGAGCUCCUACAGCGUGAAGCUGCACUACAAGAACGUGCACCUCAAAGAGAUGCACGUCUGCACCGUGGCCGGCUGUAACGCUGCGUUCCCCUCACGACGGAGCCGAGACAGGCACAGCGCCAACAUCAACCUGCAUCGUAAACUUCUGACCAAAGAGCUAGACGACCUGGUCCUGGACCCUCACCACACACCGCUGCCCAGGGACCUGCGCGAGGACUUCCUGGCCAAGAUCUACAACAGCCACCACCUGGGGCUGGAGGCCAUGGCGGCGGGCGGAGCCAUGCGGAGGGGGCGGGGCCGAGAGGACGCCAGCUCGCCGGCGGGCACGGAGUACUCCCACACCAACGGGUACUGCCGGCUCCCGCCCGACGACUACAUGGUGCUGGACCUCAGCACCACGUCCAGCGUGCAGUCCAGCAGCAGCGUCCACUCCUCGCAGGAGUCGGACGAGGGCAGCGACGAGGGCAUCCUGCUGGACGACAUCGAGGGCGCCAGCGACGGUGAGGACUGCUCCCAGAAGGCCGAGGGGCCGGGCCCGGACGGGACGGAGGGAGGGGGGGGGCGCUACGGCGGGGGACGGGGAGAGGGGCUACCCCACGAGUCGUCCGCCCUGCUCUCGGCCUCGGGGGGCACCAACGGGGGCAUCCUGUGUGGCAUCUGCCACAAAAUGUACAGCAACAAAGGGACGCUGCGGGUCCACUACAAGACCGUCCACCUGCGCGAGAUGCACAAGUGCAAAGUACCCGGCUGCAACAUGAUGUUCUCCUCGGUGCGCAGCCGCAACAGACACAGCCAGAACCCCAACCUGCAUAAAAACGUGCCCUUCACAACCAUGAUAGAUUGAACACCCCCCCCUCCACCCUGUCCUCUGCCAAGCUCCCUCUACUCCACCCUCACUUCAACAUCUCUGGA